GUCACUCUGGCUCCACCCCCGCUUCCUGAUCAGCGUCCCGGCCCCCCGGGUGCCGGCUCUCUGCACUUAGCACUUGGGAAUUCGGAUUCCCUUUUCUAGGGGCAAGCUUCUCUCUCUUCACCCUCGGCUUUCCCCGCAGGUGAGGCCUCCAUGGAGCGGUUCCUGGCCCAGCUGUGCGGUACCAGCGCGCUGCAGCCGCUCCCGGUGUGGGAGGGGGACACCACCGGCCACUGCUUCACCCAGCUGGUGCUCAGCGCCCUGCCCCACGCGCUCCUCUCCGUGCUCAGUGCCUGCCACUGGGGCAACCCGAGGAAUCCAGAUUGGAUCCCACACCGCAGUCCCGGCUGGCGCCUCCGACUCGCAGCCUCCUUCCUGCUCUCCAUCUUUCCACUGCUAGACCUCCUUCCAGUCGCUUUGCCACCAGGGGCAGGCCCAGGGCCCGUAGGGCUAGAGGUGCUGGCAGGGGGCAUGGCGGCUGUGGCCUGGAUCAGCCACAGCAUGGCCCUGUGGGUGUUGUCUCAUUCCCCUCAUGGCCGCUCCCGGGGGCCCUUGGCCUUGGCCCUGGCUGCCUUCCUGCCAGCCCCAGCCCUAGUGCUGACCCUGCUAUGGCACUGCCAGCGAGGCACACUUCUGCCCCCUCUUCUCCCAGGACCUCUGUCCCGCCUGUGCCUCAUCAUCCUGCAACUGGCUGUACUCUUGGCCUAUGGCCUGGGUUGGGCAGUCCCUGGGCAGCCAUGGGAACCCUGGGCCCAGGAGCCCCUCCUGCCUGAGGGACAGGAAGCCGAAGUAGCUGAAGAUGGAGAGAGCUGGCUGUCACGCUUUUCUUACGCCUGGCUGGCACCAUUGCUGGCCCGUGGGGCCCGCAGGGAACUCCGGCAGCCCCAGGACACGUGCCGCCUCCCCCGCCGGCUGCACCCAACCUACCUAGCCCAUAUCUUCCAGGCACACUGGCAGGAGGGGGCCCGGCUGUGGAGGGCCCUGUAUGGGACCUUUGGGCAGUGCUACUUGGCUCUUGGACUGCUGAAGCUGGUGGGGACCAUGCUGGGAUUCUCUGGGCCCUUGCUGCUGUCCCUGCUGGUGGGCUUCCUGGAGGAGGGGCAGGAGCCACUAAGCAACGGCCUGCUGUAUGCCCUGGGGCUGGCUGGUGGAGCUGUUCUGGGCGCCGUGCUGCAGAAUCAGUACGGGUACGAGGUACGGAAGGUGACGCUUCAGGCACGGGGGGCUGUGCUGAACAUCCUGUACCGAAAGGCAUUACAUCUGGGGCCCAGACGCCCUCCUGUAGGGGAGGUCCUGAACCUACUAGGCACCGACUCUGAGCGGCUCCUCAACUUCGCCGGGAGCUUCCACGAGGCCUGGGGCCUGCCUCUGCAGCUGGCCAUCACCCUCUACCUGCUGCACCAGCAGGUGGGUGUGGCCUUUGUGGGUGGGCUGAUCCUGGCCCUGCUGCUGGUACCUGUCAACAAAGUGAUUGCCACCCGCAUCAUGGCCAGCAACCAGGAGAUGCUCCAGCACAAGGACGCACGGGUUAAGCUUGUGACAGAGCUGCUGAGUGGCAUUCGUGUCAUCAAGUUCUUCGGGUGGGAGCAGGCGCUGGGGGCCCGCGUAGAGGCCUGCCGAGCUCGAGAGCUGGGGCGACUCUGGGUCAUCAAGUACCUGGAUGCGGCCUGUGUGUACCUGUGGGCUGCCCUGCCUGUCGUCAUCUCCAUCAUCAUCUUCAUCACCUAUGUCCUCAUGGGGCACCAGCUCACUGCCACCAAAGUGUUCACGGCCCUGGCGCUGGUGCGCAUGCUCAUCCUUCCCCUCAACAACUUCCCUUGGGUGAUCAACGGCCUCCUGGAGGCCAAAGUGUCCCUGGACCGGAUCCAGCGUUUCCUUGACCUUCCCAACCACAACCCCCAGGCCUACUACAGCCCAGAUCCCCCAACCGAUCCAACUGCGGCCUUAGAGCUCCAUGAAGCCCUGUUCUCCUGGGACCCAGCUGGAACCAGCCAGGAGACCUUCAUCAGUCACCUCCAAGUAAAGAAGGGGAUGCUGGUGGGCAUCGUGGGGAAGGUAGGCUGUGGGAAGAGCUCGCUGCUGGCCGCCAUCUCUGGGGAGCUCCACAGGCUGCAUGGGCAGGUGGCGGUGUGGGAGCUAUCUAGAGGCUUUGGCCUGGCCACCCAGGAACCCUGGAUCCAGUUUGCUACCAUCCGAGACAACAUUCUCUUUGGGAAGAUGUUUGAUGCUCAGCUGUACAAGGAAGUGCUAGAGGCCUGCGCCCUCAACGAUGACCUCAGCAUCCUGCCUGCAGGAGACCAGACAGAGGUGGGGGAGAAGGGCGUGACCCUCAGCGGGGGACAGCGGGCCCGCAUCGCCCUUGCUCGUGCCGUCUACCAGGAGAAGGAGCUCUAUCUCCUCGAUGACCCCCUGGCCGCUGUGGAUGCAGACGUGGCCAGCCACCUGCUGCACAAGUGCAUCCUAGGAGUGCUGGGCCACACCACACGACUGCUCUGCACCCACCGCACCGAGUACCUGGAGAAGGCUGACAUGGUGCUGCUGAUGGAGAACGGGCGCCUCGUCCAGGCCGGGCCCCCCUCUGAGAUCCUGCCAUUGGUACAAGCUGUCCCCAAAGCCUGGGCUGAGGAUGGACAAGAGUCUGACCCAGCCACAGCCCAGUCAGUACAGACCCCAGAGAAGACAAAGGAGGGGCUGGACGUGGAGGGGAGCACGUCUGACCGCCUGCUGCAGGACGAAAGCAAGAAGGAGGGCGCCGUGGCCUUCCAUGUGUACCGGGCGUACUGGAGGGCCAUGGGCCCGGGCCUGGCCCUCGCCAUCCUCUUCUCUCUGCUCCUCAUGCAAGCCACCAGGAACGCCGCGGACUGGUGGCUCUCCCACUGGAUCUCUCAGCUGAAGGCAGCCAAGAAUAACUCCCAGGAGGCGCCAGCCCCUAGCAGUCUGAGCUCUGAAGGGCUGCUCUCUGCCCAGCUGCUCCUCUUCUCCCCUGGAAGCCUCUACACCUCGGUGUUGCCACUGCCCAAAGCUGCCCCCAAUGGCUCCUCAGACAUCCGUUUCUACCUCACCGUGUACGCGACCAUUGCUGGUGUCAACUCCUUCUGCACCCUUCUCCGGGCAGUGCUCUUUGCGGCGGGCACCCUCCGAGCAGCUGCCACCCUGCAUCGCCGCCUGCUGUGUAGAGUCCUUAUGGCGCCAGUGACUUUCUUCGACUCCACACCCACGGGCCGGGUCCUCAACCGCUUCUCCUCUGACGUGGCCUGUGCGGAUGACAGCCUGCCCUUCAUCCUCAACAUCCUCCUGGCCAACACGGCGGGGCUGCUGGGCCUCCUAGUCGUGCUGGGCUCCGGCCUGCCCUGGCUGCUGCUGCUGCUGCCACCCCUGAGCGCCAUCUACUACCGUGUGCAACGCCACUACCGAGCAUCCUCGCGGGAGCUGCGGCGCCUGGGCAGCCUCACCCUGUCCCCUCUCUACACCCACCUGGCCGACACCUUGGCUGGCCUCCCCGUGCUCCGGGCCGCCGGGGCCACCUACAGGUUUGAGGAGGAGUACCAGAGGCUCCUGGAGCUCAACCAGAGGUGCCAGUUUGCCUCCAGUGCCACUAUGCAGUGGCUGGACAUCCGGCUACAGCUCAUGGGGGCCACCGUGGUCAGUGCCAUUGCAGGCAUCGCUCUGGUGCAGCACCAGCAGGGCCUCGCCAACCCAGGUCUGGUGGGCCUGUCGCUAUCCUACGCCCUGUCCCUGACGGGCCUGCUCUCGGGGUUGGUGAGCAGCUUCACGCAGACAGAAACCAUGCUCGUGAGCGUCGAGCGGCUGGAGGAGUACUCCUGUGACCUGCCCCAGGAGCCCCGGGGCCAGUGGCCGCAGCUGGGCAUCAGCUGGCUGAGCCAGGGGAGCGUGGAGUUCCAGGAUGUGGUGCUGGUGUACCGGCCAGGGCUGCCCAACGCCCUGGAUGGGGUGACCUUCCGCGUGCAGCCUGGAGAGAAGCUGGGCAUCGUGGGCCGCACGGGCUCUGGCAAGUCUUCCCUGUUGUUGGUGCUCUUCCGGCUGCUGGAGCCCAGCUCCGGGCGAGUGCUGCUGGACGGCGUGGACACAAGCCAGCUGGAGCUGGCCGAGCUCAGAUCCCAGCUGGCCGUCAUCCCCCAGGAGCCCUUUUUGUUCAGUGGGACCGUUCGGGAAAACCUGGAUCCCCGUGGCCUGUAUGAGGACAGAGCCCUGUGGCAAGCCUUGGAGCAGUGCCACUUGAGUGGGGUGCUCAGAUCUAUGGGUGGUCUGGAUGCUGAGCUGGGUGAAGGGGGCCGGAGUUUAUCUCUGGGGCAGAGGCAGCUGCUGUGUCUGGCCAGGGCUCUCCUCACAGAUGCCAAGAUCUUGUGUAUCGAUGAGGCUACAGCGAGUGUGGACCACAAGACAGACCAGCUGCUCCAGCAGACCAUCUGCCAACGCUUUGCCAACAAGACAGUGCUGACCAUUGCCCACAGGCUCAACACAAUCCUGAACUCAGACCGGGUGCUGGUGCUACAAGCGGGGAGGGUGGCAGAGCUGGAUUCCCCUGCCGCCCUGCGCAGCCAGCCCCACUCGCUGUUCCAGCAGCUGCUGCAGAGCAGCCAGCAGAGAGCCCGCCCCCUUCCCUGAGGGCCCCAAGCCUCGGCCCCAAGGGCCUCCCUCUGGACCCCCUGCUGCAGGGCAGCGCAGGGACAACGCCACUUGUUUACAGUCUCUUCUGUGGCUCUACCUCUCCCUCACUUCCGCAGAGGGGACAAGGGUACAAACUACUCCCCCUGGGUGCAGGGUCCCACGGCUGCCCCAGAAGCUGCCCUCUGCUCUGGGCCUCUUGCAUCUGGAACUCCAGGCGGGUUUUUCUGGCAAAGGCGCCCACGUGCACUUCUGUAGUUUUAUUUGAUAAAAUUCCCAUCUUACA